AUUCGUUUCGUGCUUAUUGACAAGUUCACUUCGAGUGGAAAAAAAAUUUAAGAAAAAACCGCUAAUUAAGCAUUUUAAGCUCUUAAAAUUUAAGAAAAAAGCAUAAAGCAAGUCAAAUAACUUAUUCUAACUAGUUUCAAUUUAUACCACACAAAAAAUAAAACAAAACCCAUCAAAAUGAGUACAGAAAAUCAAGAAGUUACAGUCGAACCUGCAGCAGAGGAAAAGACAGAGACCAAGGAAGUUAAAGGGACAAAAAGAGCUGCCGAAGAGAAGAAACCCGAGCAAGCCAAAAAAUCCAAAAAGGAUGAAAAUGGAGCCGAAGAUGAAGAAGAGGUGGAGGAUGAAAAUGAGGAAGCCGAAGACGAGGAGUACGAUUUACCUUACGGUGAGGAAGAAAUCGACGGAGAAGAUGAAGAAGAAGAAGAUGGUGAAGGCGAGGAGGAAGAUGGUGAAGGAGAAGAAGACGAUGAUGACGAUGAUGCGUAAUCGACGAAACUUCAUUUUUUGUAAAUGUGCAGUGACUGAAGAAAUCUUAAGAAAAAUUGCGAAAAACCACAAAAAAAAACACUUCAAAAACCUAAAUAUUAAAGAUGAAAAAUGAAAAAAAAAAUAAUAUUAAAAUAGACUACAAAUAUUAAUUUUAAAUGAUGAUGAAAAACAAGAGGAGUAAUAGUGUGUGUUGCAUUAUUAUUGCUAAGUAAAGGGAUGGAAGGAAGAGAACACACGGCAAAACACAAAAAGUAUAUAUUAUAAAGUUUUAAAUUAAUAUAUAUUUAAGAUGAGAAACUUGAUGAAUCAAUGGUAAUAAUUCAAUGUAAAGAGAAAAGCACUUUCUUUUUCGAUCGUAAACUCCUCUCGGUUUUUUUUGGCGUAAUGUUUAAGGGUGUGAUGAGAGCAUGCAGUAUUUGUGAUGUGUAGGAAAAACAUGAUCGAGAUGGUGACAUCGCUUCAUGAAAAAUGAAAACACAAAAUAUAAGUUUACAUUCGCAUUAGUGGUUAAUAACGAAAAAAACAAACAUAAAUAUUCUCGCGACAUUCUUACCACCAGCAAACACUGCUAUCUCAUUACAAAAAUUGUAGGAAAAACAAGAAAAAGAAAAAAACAUUCUUUAGACGAAAACAAUUUUUUUAUGAUUUUUUCUUAAUUUUUUUGUUUUCUUAUCGAAACGUUGCAUUACAAUAAGAGAAAUCGAACCAGUUGAUGCAGUUAGUUGCAACUGAGACAUUUAAUUAUUACUCAUUUGAUUGAAAAAAAGGCAGGAAAUGUUCAAUAAAAGAAAAUGGUUCUUCAGUCAAAGUCGCUCACGAAAAGAAAAACAUUCAUCCAACUCGACCUCAUCUAAACCAUCAAUCAACCCCCUCAAAAGCAAACAUCCAUCUUCACUUGAUUAAAGCGAGGGAAAAAACGUCCGACUUUGUGAUCUUAUUUUUUCCUGAAUUUUCCACACAACCUUACAAUGAAUUUUUUUUAAUAAUUCGUCGCAUGAAACAUUUUCUUCUUACUUUUGAUUUUCUCACAAAAAUCCACAAGAACGAACAUAAAAAGAAAUUGUAAGUCUUUAAAAUAGAGAAAAGUGUUGUAUACAAUGUAAUUUUCACAUUCACAUUCGAAGUUCUUUCUUUCCUAAUCACAAUACAGCAAUUUUUUUUUCUAUUUAUGAGUUUUUCUCCAAUUUGACUAUCUUAAAAAAAAACUACCUACAAAUGAAAAGGAAACUUAAAAUUAAAACAAAACUUUUUUUUUAAUUUCAAAUAGAAAAUAAUUAAAUUUUGUGUUUUCUACAAAAUUAUAAAAUCAAUGAAAAAAGAAUCAACAGAAUAAAGCAUUUUGUUUUUCAAUUGAAAUA